AUGAGCAGCACCAAGCCCCUCACCCCCGUCGGAUCGGCCCUCGCCGGCGCCCUCGGUGCCGUCUUCUCCAACGCCGUCGUCUACCCGCUGGACACGGUCAAGACUCGCCUCCAGGCCCUGCCUUCCAGCGAGCUCAAGGCCGAGACGGGCGCCAACCAGCUCCCUGGUUCUGGCGAGAAGAGGAAGCAGCCCAAGGGCCUGGUCGGCAAGCUGGCCAGGUCGAUCAAGCGUAACCAGAUGCUUGCGAUGCUCAUUCGCAUCGUUCGCACCGAGGGCGUGACUGGCGUGUUCAAGGGAUUCAGCGCGAGCAUGAUCAACACCUUCUCCAUGCAGUUUGCAUACUUCUUCUUCCACACGUGGCUGCGUACUGCAGCCCUCAAGCGCGCCACGGGCCCGCUCUCGACGCCCGCCGAGCUCGGCCUCGGCGCGCUCGCCGGCGCCUUUGCGCAGGUGUUCACCAUCCCCGUCGCUGUCGUCGCCACGCGCCAGCAGCUCUGGAUCCCGCCUCCGGGCGCGACGGGCAAGGCGACGCACGAGCCGAGCCUGUGGGAGACGGCGUCCGAGGUCGUCAGCGAGGGCGGCAUCACGGCCCUCUGGACGGGCCUCAAGCCCGGCCUCGUCCUCACGGUCAACCCGGCCAUUACGUACGGCGUGUUUGAGCGCGCAAAGUCGUGGGUCCUCGCCGGCGCGCGCGAGGGCGGCAAGCUCUCGGUCGCGGAGAGCUUCUGGAUCGGCGUCAUGUCCAAGACCCUCGCCACGGUCGUCACGUACCCGUACAUCUUUGCCAAGGUGCGCCUCCAGGCCAAGAAGGAGGAGCCAGGAGAGACCGGCGCCGAGCACAAGAAGCACGACGGCGCCAUCGACAUUCUCAAGAAUGUCUACAAGGAGCAAGGCUUUGCCGGAUGGUACCAGGGAAUGGGCGCGCAGAUUACAAAGGCCGUCCUCUCGCAGGGCAUCCUCUUCGUGUCCAAGGACCAGUUCGAGGGCCAGGCGCGCGUCAUCAUGGACGCCGCCGACAACUUCCGUGCUUCCCACCCCCUCCUCCAGAAGGCCUAA